UGCUGCCGGCCAUGGCCGCGAAUCGCGGCGACGCGUCAAUGGUCACUCGCAAGCUGAUACAUGCUCUCGCGCUGCUGUUCCUCGCGCUCGCAGUUGCGACGGCGGCAACUCCGAGGCUGCUCGCCACGGCCGCCGCUCGUCCGCCCAGCCCCGAUAAGGCCGCGCUGUUAGUGCUGAGGGACGCACUGAGAAAAAGCUACCCCGGUGCGCUGCCCGGAUGGGUGAAUGCGGAUCCGUGCGACAACUCGUGGACCCCUCGCAUCAAAUGCAACAGUGCUGGACGCGUUAUAAGCCUCAAUCUGGCGAAUCAACUGCUGAAAGGGCCCAUCCCAGGGAAGCAGUUGGCUGCUCUGGCUGGGCUUCAACGCCUAGACAUGGGAUACAACGCACUGACAGGGCCCAUCCCACAGGAGCUCUCAGCCCUCUCCAGCCUCACCUUCCUAUCGUUAGAGGCCAAUAAAUUGAAGGGAUCAGUUUCCGAGUGGCUGGGACAACGACUCUUAAAGCUAGUGAACGUCCGUCUCGCCAGCAACCUUCUCAGUGGCCCUCUGCCAAGCACCCUGGGGGGUCUCAAGAACUUGCAGUCGCUUGACCUUGGCAGCAACCGCCUCACAGGCCAGCUGCCGUCCACCCUACAGCGCUGCUGGCUCUUGAAGUACUUAUCCGUCCCAGCCAAUCAGCUCUCAGGACCGGUCCCAGGUUGGCUUGGAAGCCUCAAGCAGUUACAAGUGCUAGCACUAGACGACAAUCGCCUCUCGGGUCCCCUCCCACCAGCACUCGGGAACCUUCCCAAUCUCGCCGCCCUCUAUGCUGCAAGCAACUCCCUGGAAGGCCCCAUCCCUGCCAGUUUCAAACGCCUCAAGAGCCUCAUGUACCUCGACCUGAGUUACAACAAGGGCAUUAACGGGUCCGUCCCAGCCUUCCUGGGAAACCUCUGGCUGCUCGAGUCCCUGGCCAUGGAGCAUUGCAACCUCUCAGGCCCCAUCCCGCCCUCUCUAGGCGCCCUCAACCUCCUAGUGGAGAUCUUUCUCGACGGAAACCGCCUCACCGGCCGCAUCCCAGCAACUCUCGGCAGCCUGGAAUCGCUCAACAAGCUCUAUCUCAACCGCAACCGCCUCACCGGGAGCAUCCCGGCACAGCUGUGCUACCUUUCAUAUGCAUACGAGCUCAACCUGGGCCACAACGAGCUCAAUGGGUCGAUUCCGGCCUGCCUGCCUGCACUGCCACGCCUGACACUGCUGUAA